AUGAGCCAAACUUCUGCAUCAAUGGCGAGAGAACGAUUCCCAACCAUCAGUGUUUCACCCUACAUGCUCACAGGAUCUGACAAUGAGGAGGAUGGUGGAACAAGUCCGAGUAUUGCCUUAUCUUUUGAUGAGGAAGAUGGUGAAGCGAUGGAUCAGGGACAAAUUGAAAUUGAUUACAAAUUAAUUAGCGCAGUGUCAGGACAAUUUGAUCUCGGAAGUGUUAUAAACUUGGAUUUAAAUUCAAUAGGAAUUGAUAAAAUCAAAAAUCUCAGUCGGUGUGUACGGCUAGAAUAUCUUGAUUUGAGUAACAAUGGAAUUGAGCUUGUUGAGGGUUUGGAAAAUUUGUCACGGCUCAAGAGGUUAAAUUUGUCAAAUAAUAAGAUCGCCAAAGUAGAAGGUAUCGCCAACUUGAAGAGCUUGCAAAAUCUCAAUUUGGAAAAUAAUCUGAUAGAAAAUCUGUCUGAUUUACAAGAGCUGCAACAUUUAGCAAAUCUCAGAGCCAUCAGUCUCAAAGGAAAUCCAGUUUGUGAAAAGGAAGGUUUUGAUGAAACAUUGAAGUCCUGCUGUAAAAAACUGCAAUUCAUUAACGGAGAGCAUAUCGCACUAAGAUUUCCAACAUUAAUCUUUGAUGAAAAAGAGGAUUCCUUCGAAAUCCCUCUGUCCAAAUCAUGGACAGUAGACAGCAACCAAAAUCCCAUAUUUUCAUUUGAGGGAUUUCCAGAGAUUAAUUCGAACGAGUCUUUCAAAAAUUCUGUAAAUGAAUUCAAAAAGGAGGAAAUUGACUGCAAAAAAACAGUGACAAGAGCCGAUACAAUUAUACAAGAAGUUAUCAAAGCACUGAAAUAG